AUGAGUGAUAUCUGUCAACCACGAUGCGGCUAUCAGGAGAUUAGCUUCCCAUUUCAGCUCAGAAACGAAAACCGCUGUGGAUAUCCAGGCUUCGACCUCUCAUGCAAUAAUCAGAACGACACCAUCAUCUCGUUUCCGUCGUCGGGUAAUUUCAGUGUCGAAACGAUAAACUAUUACGUACAAUUCAUCGCGAUUGGCGAUCCGGAUGGUUGCCUUCCAAAACGCCUGCUGGAAGGUUUUGAUACCGCUGCUACUCCGUUCCACCAAGAUUACCUGCAAAACUUCACGCUGCUCAAUUGCUCCUAUAAUGUGCCCUAUAUGGACAUAUAUGUGACAUAUAUUCCUUGUCUUAGCAGUGAUGGUAACUGUACUGUGGCGAUACCCGUGGACCGACCCGACCUGUUCGAACCGUUUUCAUCGUGCCGGGAAAUAGCGACUGUUUCGUUGCCGUUGCUAGAAAAGUGGGAAUAUCUUUCCGAUAGGAUAUGGUUAAGGUGGAAUGAACCGGAUUGUAAAUGGUGUUUAGAAAGGGAAGGCGUUUGCCGGUACAAGAAAAAUACAGGCUUCGACGUUGGAUGCUCUAGUUUUCUGGAUCCAGGGUAUGGAGAGAAUUUGUUUUUAACAAUUUCUACUUCGGAGAAGAACAACUAG